AUGGAAGCAACAUCGAAUGGUCCAGAAUACGAUGACAGACACCCGUUGGUAUCAUUGGUCUCGGCGUGCUUUUGGGUGUUGCUCUGGUUACUCUCUUGGGUAAAGGCCCUCAUUGCUUUUGCAACCAUAACGGUCCCUCGGUUUAUAUACUUUGUACUUUCGUACUCCAUGACUUUGACGCUUAACUUUUGGUCUUUUGCCAUCAUGUUCCUACUUUCUGCUGUUGCGCUUAAUUAUUGGAUUCGAUUUCGAUAUCUGAACACAUAUUCACAACUUAAAGAACCGCCAUUGGUCAAACCUGAUGUCAACGAACUUCACCCUGAUGUAAAUACCACAGAUCCACCUCCCGCAUUCCAUAACUAUCUGGACGACUUCUUGCAAGCAGUUAGGGUUUUUGGUUUCCUAGAGAAGCCGGUCUUCCACGAACUUGCUAGGCAUCUACAAACAAGGCGAUUAAUAGCCGGAGAUAGUAUAUCGCUUGAUCAAGAUCGUAGUUUCUAUUGUGUUAUCGAUGGUACAGUUCAAGUAUAUGCUCGAACGGGGAACUCUAGCCUGGGUCAAAAGGGCUCGUGGGAUGAGGAAGACAUGAAUGGAUACCAAUUAAUUAACGAAGUUGGGAGUGGUGGGACACUGUCUAGUCUAUUCAGCAUUCUCAGUCUUUUCACCGAGGAUGUCAAGAUCAGCUGGAAGGAUGAGGGGCAUGGGCCAACUGAUAAGCCUGCUAACCACAUUACUAUGCCUGUCAGGACACGCACAUCACGAGCAAAUUCUGAUGUUUCUCGAUUUGACCUGGACCAUACCUCACCAAGGUCACGUAGUCGCCGUGCUUCCGUUUCAUCAUCUGGGUCUACUGCUCAUCCGCUAGAAGCAACAUCACCACCUAGUGGAGCUCUUUCGCCUCGGUUCGACGACCCCUCGGAAACACCAACAUCAUAUACUCCAUCUUUUGCUCGUUCGGACUCUACACCCCCUUCUCAGGUUCAUCAUGGUAUUGUAGCCCGUGCUACAGAGGAUAGUACUUUAGCUGUUAUCCCGGCCGAGGCAUUCCGUAGAGUGACUAAAAAGUUCCCAAAAGCCACUGGACACAUUGUUCAAGUGAUUUUGACACGCUUUUCACGUGUUACGUUCAACGCUGCUCAUAAAUAUCUUGGCCUGACAACAGAAGUACUUCGUGCGGAAAAAGCCAUCAAUGAAAUCGCAUGUCAUCCGCUUCCUGCAUCAUUUUAUGAAGGCGGGGGGCUACAGUAUCUGCGACAGCGUUUUGACGAGGUGACUGUUCACGAUACAGACUCCGAAGGUGAUUAUUUCACUUACACUUCGCCACCUUUGGCAUCACCAAAAAUCAAUGUAGCGACUGCGAAUGUUUCGUCAAAGGAAAACCUUUCAGAAAGUCCCUUACCGGCAACUCUGUCUACUUCAUUACCGACUCCGUUGCGCAGUGCCACUAUGCGUACCCCUAUAUCCCGCCAUCAAGUCCAAGCAGGGGAUUUGCAUACCACAGCUGGUAGUUCAGAAGCAUACAAACCUCUUACCAGGUCGUUUAGUGUUCUGAACACCCCUCGAAUUUCCGCGCCGGUAAACAAGUUUCUUGACUCUCGCUUGUCUGGAGAUGACUUUGACCUUCGAGAAGAAGUUAUGUCUUGUAUCGCCAAGUCUAUUGGUUUACUACAACCUCCAAUGAGCGGAGGCGAGUCCAUCGAGGUUUCUCCUGCGCUCCCUGCCUUUGAUACUGGGGGAUCCCAAUCUGUGCAAUCGGGAUUGUUUAAUUCUUCUUUUGGUUCUUUGUCUUUACUGGAUACAGCAGAUGAUGGUGCUUCUAGCUUGACAGGAGGCUCAUCUACUCAUGUAGGUGGAUAUAUGAGUGGGCUGGACAAUGAGGUAGAAAUUCUGUUUUUUGCCGCGGGGUCUACCUUGGCGAAGGCUGGUGAAAGAAACACAGGUUUAUUCUAUGUCAUCGAAGGGUUUCUUGAUAUAUUUUUACCUCUGGAUGAUACCAAAACCAAUGGAAAGUCUAUGGGUUCCGAUACAGAUUCGGUAUUCACUGUCGAUCACAAGCCUGAAGCGGAUAAACAUGUAGAAGGAAAACUGCUGUUUACAGUCAAACCUGGGGGGAUUGCAGGCUAUCUAGCUUCUCUCACCAGUACAGCCUCCUAUGUGGACAUCAGCGCUAAAACAGAUACAUACGUAGGGUUCCUUCCUGCCAAUGCCCUGGAACGUUUGCUCGAAAAGCGGCCGAUCGUGCUUCUUACUUUGGCGAAGCGUCUCAUAUCGCUGCUGUCCCCACUGGUUUUGCAGAUUGAUGCAUCGUUAGACUGGAUGCAGGUCACUGCAGGUCAAGUCCUCUGGCGCCCGGAGGACAUCAGCGAUAGUUUCUAUAUAGUGAUCAAUGGGCGACUUCGCGCAAUUUCCGAGACAGAAGGCAAAACCAUAAUUACUGGAGAGUAUGGACAAGGUGAUACUGUCGGGGAAUUGGAUGUUAUUACUAGCUCGCCUCGCCGGACGACUGUUCAUGCUAUUCGUGACUCGGAACUUAUUCGCAUGCCCCAGACCCUCUUCAAUGCCAUUUCAUCCAGGAAUCCUCAAACCACUGCUCAGUUAUUGCGGAUGAUCGCUUCGCGAGUUAGAGAUGAAGUCGAUGCCAACUCUAAUGUACCAUCAAGGAACACAGCUUCAGAGCUUGGGCGGAACAAUACCAACCUCAAAACUGUAGCUGUGCUUCCUGUAUCCAGGCAGGUUCCCAUAGAUGCCUUUGCUCGUAAGCUCAAAGCUGCGUUGGAAGGUAUUGGCGCGAAGACCAGCUUUUUGAACCAGGCAUCUGUGUCGGGUCACCUGGGCCGCCAUGCAUUCUCGAGGAUGGGAAAACUCAAAGCUGCCGCGUGGCUGGCUGACCAAGAACAGAGGUAUCGUACGGUGUUGUACGUUGCUGACUCGCCAGUCAAUAGUCCGUGGACUCAGACUUGUAUCCGACAGGCUGAUUUUGUCAUGGUAGUUGGUAUGGGUGAUGACCCAGGCCUCGGUGAAUACGAGCGUCUUCUCCUUUCUAUGAAAACAACUGCUCGCAAGGAGCUCGUGCUUUUGCACCCCGACCGUUCAGUAGCACCAGGGUCAACCAGGGAGUGGUUAAAGAAUCGACCUUGGGUGCAUCAACACAUACACGUUGAACUUCCGGGCCUGGUGUUACCCAUGCCUAAAGUCAUCCCUAUUCAAGAUCCAGGUGCCGUGACUGCCUUCAAGAACCUGAAAGACAAGGUACAGAGUGGAAUUCAGAAGUAUCGUGGGGGACCAAGGCAUGCACGCCCACAGCGACCAGUCCACGUCAACGACUUCGCUAGAUUGGCAAGAAGGUUGUGCGGGAAAUCAAUUGGUGUUGUUCUCGGAGGAGGAGGCGCUCGUGGUUUAUCACACCUGGGUGUUCUUCGUGCAUUAGAAGAACACAGUGUGCCGAUUGAUUAUAUCGCUGGCACCAGUAUUGGGGCGUUCAUUGGAGGCUUAUAUGCGCGCGAGGGAGAUAUCAUUCUUAGUGCCAGUCGUGCUAAGCAAUUCAGUGGACGCAUGGGUAACAUCUGGAGGAUGUUAUCCGACGUCACUUAUCCCCUGGUUGCUUACACCACUGGUCACGAAUUUAAUCGUACGAUUUACAAAGCAUUUUACGAUCUUCAUAUCGAGGAUAUGUGGCUACCCUACUUUUGCAAUACAACUAACAUCAAUACAUCACGCAUGGAAAUCCACGAAACGGGUUAUGCAUGGAGAUUCAUACGGGCGUCUAUGACAUUGGUUGGCCUUCUCCCCCCACUGUGCGAUAACGGCAAUAUGCUUGUUGAUGGCGGAUAUAUUGAUAAUCUCCCGGUAGCCGCUAUGUUCGCAAUGGGCGCCAGCGCCGUUUUCGCCUCGGAUGUCGGAUCUGUGGACGACAAUUCCCCGCGCAAUUUUGGAGACUCGGUCUCAGGGUGGUGGCUUCUAGUCAAUAGAUGGAAUCCUUUCUCAAGUGCAAGACUAGUGCCGGCUAUCACUGAGAUUCAGAGUAGAUUAGCAUAUGUGUCCAGCGUUCGUACACUGGAAGAUGCCAAAAUCGCAGGAGGGUGUCUAUACAUGCAAAUGCCGGUACAGGAGUACGGUACGCUUCAAUUCAGCAAAUUUGAAGAGAUCGAGAAGAAAGGCUACCAUGCUGCAAUGGAACUGUUGAGUCGAUGGGAAGAUGAAGGCAAGCUGCCUCGGGGACAUAUUGGGGGGCAGGGUACGGGCGCGACAAAGGCAACCAAGAAGGGAAGAAGCGCCAGGAGAAAUUCCGUGUGAUCGCAUGUGCAUCGUCUGAUCAUCAUGAUUGCAUGAUUUACAGCGCAUGUCGCACUUUGUGCAACGUUCAGUAGACACUAUAAGGAGCAGUACUACCAAUAGUGACUUGACAUAAUAUAAGUUUGUAACCA